GCCUUAUCAUUAAAACAAAAUUCAUAUAUCUCGUUUAGUAUAACGAGAGCGAUCUAAAUUAUCAAACAAAUAAAAAUAUGUAGUUGGGAAAUCUUUAGCAAAUUGUAAACAAGUGUAAAUUUAUAUUAUUUAGUAGUACUUGUAGUCUGUAUUUUGUCAUUAUAUAAGUUUUGCAAAUGCGCAUUGUUGUUGGGGCGAAAUUCGCAUUUAAUCCUUGUGUAACCUAAAAUCACAAUUUUCUUUUUUUUUACAAAAAGCCUGAAUAAAAACAUGUAUGAAAUCGGAAGGUAGAAAACCUUAAAAUGUUAUGCUGAGUACUUAUACUGUCAAAUUACCUACUUAGUGCCUGCAGCAAAUAUAUGGAAUUUGGUGGUGUAACCUGAAAUAUUUAGAAUUAAGUAAAAGGUGCUAAUAAAAUAAAAAUUGGAACUAAAAUCAAACACCAUGCAGUCCUUGAAGGCAGACGAGUUGCCACAAAAUCCGCGCGAGCGUGCCAAUCCCUUAUCAGCAAUGAUGCUCUGCUUUACUUUACCAAUAUUUUUUAAGGGGCGUAAGAAAACUUUAGAUGAAAGCGAUCUCUAUCGAGUGCUAAAGGAACAUAAAUCAGAAACACUCGGCAAUAAAUUAAACAAAGCUUGGGAAAUAGAGGUCGAAAAGAAGCGGCGCAAAAAUAAAGAACCCAGUUUACUCUUGGCUGUGAUACGCGUAUUUGGGCUAAACUUUGCCGCUUUGGGAUGUGUAUUGUUUCUGGUAGAAAUCGGGUUGCGCGUUACACAGCCACUGUUUCUUGGCGGCUUAGUCAAUUACUAUGCAAAUCCCACCAACAGAGAUGAUAACUUUACUGCCUACAUUUAUGCCAUGGGUGUGAUUGUCUGUAACGCAUUGAAUGUAAUGCUAAGACAUCCAUAUAUGUUGGGCAUUCAACACAUCGGCAUGAAAGUGCGACUCGCCAUGUGCAGUUUGAUUUAUCGGAAAGCGUUACGCUUGAAUAGAACAGCGCUUGGCGACACCACAACCGGUCAAGUGGUGAAUCUGAUAUCGAACGACGUCGGGCGGCUGGAUACAUCCAUCAUGCACGUACACGUACUGUGGGUUGGACCGAUCGAGAUCGCCGUAGUAGCUGUUCUCAUGUACAGAGAGAUAGGCGUGGCAUCGAUGUUUGGCGUCUUUGCCAUGGUAUUCUUUGUGCCACUGCAAUUCUAUCUUGGCAAGUUGACUUCGAAGCUGCGUUUGCGCACAGCGUUGCGCACCGAUGAGCGCGUGCGCCUGAUGAACGAAAUCAUCACGGGCAUACAGGUGAUCAAAAUGUAUGCGUGGGAGAAACCUUUCGGGAAGAUGGUGCAAUUUGCGCGACGCAAGGAAAUGAACGUUAUACGCAAGAAGAACUACAUCACUGGCAUACUGCAGAUGUUCUCCAUGUUCAUGACGCGCGUGUCCGUGUUUGUCAGCUUAGUGGCCUAUGUGUUGUUAGGGAAUUUCCUUACCGCCGAAAAAGCGUUCGUUGUCACUGCAUUCUACAGCAUUUUGCGUAAUACAAUGGUUGUGGCCUUUCCGAAUGGCAUACAGCAGAUCUCUGAGACGCUCGUGUCCUUCAGACGCAUAAAAACAUAUUUGUUGUAUGAAGAAAUUGGUGAUCCUUUAGGAAAUAGGGGAAAUGGUUACCGGCAAAUAAAACAAAUGGAUGACCUGAAUGGGAAUUUAAAAUCCACUCAGCCAACGCAGGAGGUGGCACAGUGCGAAUCUAGUGUUGAGAUACGAAAUUUGAAGGCAAAAUGGGACCCAAAAGUGCCGGAGUAUACGCUGAGUAGUGUCGACAUGAAGGUCGAACCCCGCACGCUAGUCGCAGUCGUUGGACCGGUGGGCUCCGGAAAGUCGAGUUUAAUCCAAGCCAUACUUGGCGAACUACCCGUCGAAUCGGGUUCCGUCACCGUGCACGGCUCCUACUCGUAUGCCUCUCAGGAACCCUGGCUAUUCACCGGCACUGUUCGCCAAAAUAUACUUUUCGGCUUGCCAAUGGACAGGAACCGUUAUCGUACCGUGGUGAAAAAGUGCGCAUUGGAGCGUGAUUUUGAACUACUGCCACAUGGCGACAAAACGAUUGUGGGCGAGCGUGGCGCCUCACUUUCGGGCGGGCAGAAAGCGCGCAUCAGCUUGGCCCGCGCUGUGUAUCGCAAAGCGGACAUUUACCUGCUGGAUGACCCGCUAAGCGCAGUAGACACACAUGUCGGCCGGCAUCUCUUCGACCAAUGCAUGCGCGGCUUCCUGCGCGAUCGCAUUGUCAUUUUAGUAACACACCAGUUACAGUUCCUCGAACAGGCUGACAUUAUCGUCAUCAUGGAUAAGGGCAAGAUCAGCGCUGUCGGCACCUAUGAGUCUAUGCGAAGCAGUGGCUUAGACUUUGCAAAUCUGUUGACCGCACCAGUAAAUGACAGCGAUGCGGAUGACGACAGCAUUGCUGAGAUGAAGAGCGCGUCAAGUCAGUUGCAUAUACAACGACAGAACAGCACGGCCACGAUGAGUUCAAUGGACGAGUCAGUGGCGGAGUCGUUAGUUGACGAGGCUGAGUCGCCAUUGCAGGUGCAAGAGAAGCGUGAGACGGGCAAGAUUGGCUGGAGCAUGUAUAAGAAGUACUUUGGUGCCAGCGGCGGCUAUUUGCUCUUCGCAGUGACGAUGUUCUUUUGUGUAGGCGCACAGAUGUUGGGAUCCACUAGUGAUUUUUACGUUUCAUUUUGGGUAAAUAAAAACGAACAACAGCUCGUUAGUCAGGAGCGAAGUAUCGAUGCUGCCGAGGCUGCUAAUGCUGUCAAUGACACCGACGCACGCGAUUUGCGAUUGAAUAGUAACACGGAUCCAAAGGACAUCUACAUAUUCUUUGGCAUCAUUUUGGCCACCAUUAUUUUUGCCUUCGCUCGCACUUUGUUCUUCUUCACGAUGGCCAUGCGUUCCUCGACGGCCCUACACAAUGCUAUGUAUCGUGGCAUCACACGCGCAGCGAUGUUCUUCUUUCACACAAAUCCCUCAGGGCGCAUACUGAAUCGCUUUGCCAAAGAUUUAGGUGCCGUAGAUGAGAUAUUGCCAUGGGUAAUGAUGGAUGUCAUACAGAACAUUCUCAGCUUGACUGGCAUAGUCAUAGUAAUAUCGAUUGUCAACCCAGUCAGCCUGCUGGCUACAGCGAUGCUAGCACUUCUUUUCUAUUCAAUGCGCUCAUUUUAUUUGAGUACAUCGCGUGAUGUGAAACGUUUAGAGGCAGUUAAUCGUUCGCCCAUUUACUCCCACUUGAGUGCUUCACUUAACGGCCUACCGACGAUACGUGCUUUUGGCGCUCAAAAUAUGCUACUGAGUGAGUUUGAUAACUACCAAGACAUUCACAGUGCCGGCUACUAUAUGUUUUUGGUAACAAGUCGCGCUUUUGGUUACUGGCUUGACUGUUUCUGCGUACUUUAUAUGGCCGUUACAACACUGAGCUUCUUUAUAUUGUCACCCGACAAUGGCGGCGAUGUUGGUUUAGCUGUAACUCAGGCCAUGGGCCUAACAGGCAUGGUUCAGUGGGGUAUGCGACAAUCCGCUGAACUCGAAAAUGGCAUGACCAGUGUCGAACGUUUAGUAGAGUAUGACGAGCUUGAACCUGAGGGUGAUUUGGAAAGCAAGCCAGGCAAAGCACCUCCAAAGACAUGGCCUGAGCAGGGUAAAAUCGUCUUUGAUGAAGUUAGUCUGCGCUAUAACCCGGAUCCAAAGUCUGAUCGCGUGCUGAAAUCGCUAAGCUUUGAAAUACUGCCCACUGAAAAGGUGGGAAUUGUGGGGCGGACUGGGGCAGGCAAAUCGUCGCUCAUAAAUGCGCUCUUUCGACUAUCAUUCAAUGAGGGUUCUAUCAUCAUAGAUAUGAGAAAUACUGAUGAGCUGGGCUUACACGAUUUGCGUAGUAAAAUCUCUAUUAUACCGCAAGAACCGGUGCUCUUCUCGGGUACAAUGCGUUAUAAUCUAGAUCCAUUCGAUGAAUACGCUGAUGCGAAAUUAUGGGCUGUGCUUGAGGAGGUCGAACUAAAGAAUGUUGUGGCAGAGCUCCCGAGUGGUUUGCAGAGCAAGAUCUCAGAAGGUGGCAGCAAUUUUAGCGUCGGUCAGCGCCAGUUAGUGUGUCUAGCACGUGCCAUACUGCGUGAGAAUAAAAUUUUGGUGCUUGAUGAGGCGACUGCAAAUGUAGAUCCACAAACCGAUGCACUCAUACAACUGACAAUAAGAAGUAAAUUCAAAUAUUGCACGGUGCUCACUAUAGCUCAUCGCCUAAACACGGUUAUGGACUCGGAUAAGGUGCUGGUGAUGGAUGCUGGUCGUGCGGUGGAAUUCGGUUCACCGUAUGAGUUGUUGACCCAAAGUAAAACGAAGGUAUUCUAUGAUAUGGUUAAACAAACGGGAAAUAGCACUUUUGAAAGUCUGCUUGUGGUGGCGCAAAAGGCCUAUGACGAGAAGUCGCCCUUGAAAAAUAAAGAUGUAUGAAGAGGAAAUCUGUCUGCAUAUGUACAUACAUACGCUGAAACGAUAUUUACUCAGGAAAAAAAUAAGCUACUUAAAGAAAGCUUUGCUGUGACUUCUGCAUUUUUUUCAAUUUAAAAAAAAAAAAGAAAAUAAACAACAAAAAAAAGUGCAAUACAAUAAAGUCCACGAUUAUAUCGAUGGCUUGCAACUAUAAUUUAUAGCGUUCAAUACCAUUUUGUGACUAUCAAAACAUUUGUACUUACAUACGUAUGCACGUAUAGUAUAGUGUUUAUACAAUGCCCAUACAUAUAUACCGUUUUAGUUGUACUUACAUACAGGCUUACGACUUGUAUUUUUGUGAUUAAGAAUA